CUCUGGGGCAUAUAUAACUGAAAAGGGGCUGGGCUUCACGGCACAGAAGACUCCGUUGUUUUGACGAGAAUAGAUGUGUUGUUGAGGUAAUCGACGAUUUGCAGGAAAAAAAAAAACCUUGAGCCGCCUCGGUGAAUUAUUAAGCUCGGUAGCUCGUUAGCUGCUACUUCUCGGAUCGAGUCGCUUAGAAACGGGCGACUUGAUUUAGCCACACGAGCCUCUUUGUAAAAUCAGGUCGAAAGGGAUGCCGCUGCAGACAGACUCCGACGGACGCCAGCAGUCUUUGGAUUUAAUCUCAUCGCAUUUAAUCGGGAAGAGCAGCUUUUCUAUAAAUUUAAAAGGCCUCAGAAUAACUCAUUCUCGACCGAGUGCUUUUGUAAGAUGCUUAAGCUCGAGUGCGAAUUAAAGAAGCCCAGCUGUGAACCGACAGAAGAAAGGAGCGCUAAUAGUCAGUGAGUUAGCCGUUAGCUACCGUUAGCUGGACAACAACAAAGCGGGGGUCGUUAAUCUUUUUGCUUCUGCGAGUGAGCGGUUCGGUUCCGAGGACGAGUCUCUGCAGCCGACGGCUCGACUCUUUAACCCGCUGUUUUCUUCCUGCGUUGGAAAUAAAGCUCGACAGCCAUGAAACUGUUGGAAAACUCCAGCUUUGAAGCCCUCAGCUCCCGGCUGUGUGUUGAAACAGGAGAGUCUCGCAUCCUUGGCAGGAUUGAGAGCUACUCCUGUAAGAUGGCAGGCGACGACAAACAUAUGUUCAAGCAGUUCUGCCAGGAGGGGGAGCCACACGUCCUGGAGGCCCUCUCUCCCCCUCAGUCCACCAGCGCCACCAGCCCCUCACAGCUGGGGAAGAGCAGCGAGGACGGGGAGAACCCUCUGAGUGACAAGUGUUGCAGGAAGACUCUUUUCUACCUCAUCACGACGCUCAACGAGUCCUUCAGGCCGGACUAUGACUUCAGCGCGGCGCGGGCCCACGAGUUCAGCCGAGAGCCCAGCCUGAACUGGGUGGCUAAUGCAGUAAACGGCAGCUUGUUCUCAGCGGUGGGCGAGGAGUUCAACUCAGUGGGGCCCGAGCUGUGGAACGCCAUUGACCAAGAGAUCAACCUGCAGGGCUGUGACAUUUACAGCUACAACCCUGAUCUGGACUCAGACCCUUUUGGUGAAGAGGGGAGCCUCUGGUCCUUCAACUACUUCUUCUACAACAAGAAACUGAAGAGGAUUGUUUUCUUCACGUGUCGCUCAGUCAGCGUGUUGAGUGGAUAUGGCCGCGACUGUCUGGACAACGAGCUGGACAUGGAGCUGGAGGACGAGGAGGAGAUGGACGGCUUCACUGAGGACAGGUUCCCCAGAGCUCUGUGCGUGUGAACGCCACCGAUGGACACGCCCCGGCCAAAGAAUAUCUCGGCUUUUCCUCCUCUCCUCCUGUUCUUCACCCUCAUGUCCUUUAUUUCUCCUUUUGGUUUGUUUUUAAGUUUUUGGAUUUUGCUGCAUCAUCCAAAGCCAUUUUCACACAUUAUACCCCUCGUGCAUGUUUGACGGCUUCUCUUCUGCUGGCAGUGAACUGUGAACCGUGAGGCGGUGGACAUUUUGUUGAGAACCCCGCGGUGACUUAAAGCUCGUUCAUUCUCCAGUAUGAUUUUUUUUCUGUUGAUCCAAACAAGCACACAUAGACACACACAAAGCUUUUCUACACCGCCACUUUUCCAAAGAGACCACUUCACGGACGCUUGAUAAGAUGAAGGUCUUGUUAUUGGAUUGAGUGGCCCAACAAAAGACUGCACGUGGUGUCAAGAAGGAGUCCAGAUAACACCAGCAUCAAUGAGAAACUGACACAGAUUCCUGAUAAGCAGGGGAAGGGGCUGAGCUGAGUUGAGACUGACUCGCUGAUCAGCUGACGACUCGUCUGUUCAUCAUUGUUCGCCGUUUUUUUUUUCGUGUGUUGCUUUGACAGUGACGUUACUGUGAGGAUGUUUUUAGCACUGAGUUCUACACCUGCAUUUCUAACUGACUCUUGUAUUAUUGAAUCGUAUUACUGCAAACGCUCGUCUGUACUUUAGACAGUAGGGCAUUGCCAAGGAAACUGUUGGCACACCUGGGUUGCAGCUUAGAGAAACAUAUCAGCUUUUAACAGACGUCCCAUUGUUUUCUAUCAGUCCAUUCUCCUGCUCCAUGACUCAUGUGUAUGUGCUGUGUUUUUUACUGUCCCUCCCCUCUAACCCGUUUCUAUUUCUAAAUGUAAGUCUUGCCGUUGUCUUUCUUUGCUCAUUACCUCAGUGCAAAGCUUCAUUGAUAAAGUGAAUGUAUAGUAAAGUUUAGAGGAUAAACGAUACAGAAAAGUGGCCGGUAUGUUUUACAUUAUUUUUUAGAAGAAGCUCCUCUUGAAGUUCCUUUUCAAGUGGGUAGGAGUUCUGUGACUUUUCUUGACCGCUCUGUGCUUCGUUUACUUGGCCCAUAUAUUGCAGAUGUGAAUAAACUGGUGUUUGAAUCAGA